AUGGCCGGAGGAAGGAAGCUAAUGAGACUGGGGUUGUUUACAGCAGAACAAUGCUUGAAACUGAGACGCCAGGGAAUUUCCACAACUCAGGAGUUCCUGUCAGCCACUGUUCUUGACCUUAUGACCUCCCUCUCUCUCAGCUACUGGCAGGUGCUCCCCCUGAUGCAAGCCUUGUCUCACGCAGCAGCCCCCACCCCCACUAAUGUCCUGGAUCUGUACAGAGAGUCCCGCAGCAGUUCAGGAGGUGUGGGGAGAGGGUUAAUCCCCACCUCACUCUCUGGUCUGGACACAGCUCUCCACGGCGGGCUCCCUCCUGGAACCAUUACUGAGAUUGUGGGACCGCCCGGGUGUGGCAAAACUCAGCUCUGUCUAACCAUUGCCAUGACGACCGCUCUACCUCCGGCCUGUGGUGGGUGUGGUCUGGGUGUGGUGUUCAUCGACACAGAGGCAACUUUCUCAGCGACAAGGCUGGUGGAGAUGGCGAAGGCUCGCCAUUCCUCUCACUUCUCCUCACCUCACACCGUAUCACAGCUGGCAGCUAGGGUCAGAGUUCACCGUACCCUGACAUCUGCGGAGCUGGAGAGACUGCUGGUGUCACUGGAGGAGGAGCUGGCAGAGAUGGGGGUGGGGCUUGUGGUGGUGGAUUCAGUGGCAGGUCCGGUGAGGAGGGAAUAUGGAGCCAGAGAUGGGAGAGAAAUGGCCGAGCGAGCAGCUACACUGGGUGGCUUCACGUCCAGACUAAAUUGGUGUCCGGAUUAGAGGGUUCCGCUGUGGAGGAAGAUUGAGAAGUAUCUGGCUGAGGUGUUCCACGUCCCGGUAGUUGUGACGAACCAAGUCACGGCUGUUGGUGGGGUGUCACAUGACGUGGAGAAGGAAUCUGAUUGGUCGGGAGGCAGUGGUGGAGGUCAUGUGACUGCUGCCCUUGGCAACACGUGGGCUCACUGUGUGAACAUCAGAUUACUCCUGAACCACCUCACAGAGUCCCAGCGAACACUGACAGUGGAGAAGAGUCCAGUGAGUCCUAACAAGAUAUUCACGGUCCAGAUUAACGAAGGGGGUGUGGUCAUUGACUCUUCAAAACUCUUAAAACUCUAAACUAUUGAAUUAUGUAUAUAUCAAAUCUUUUGAGAGCCGUGUGUGUGUGUGUGUGUGUGUGGAGUGUUUAGUUAGUGAGCAGGUCGUAGUCUGUGGUCUUCUCUCAGUCUUCUCUCCAACUGUAGAUACU